CUUGGACCAAGUCACAACAAGCCUAUUGUAGUUGACUUGACUAUAUGAAUCAACUCUCACCGUAUCGGUAUGAUCAGAUCGACCGCAGCAAUUAUCAACUUAAAAUUAGUUUGCUCAGAGAGAGGAAGUGAAGAAAGAGCGAGAAAUCUUCCAAAUGGAUUGCAUCUCAUCUCUAGUCGUGGGCUUAGCGCAGGCGUUGUGUGAAUCUAUGAAUAUGGCAGAGAGAAGAGCAGGACAUAAGACUGAUCUUAAGCAAGCCAUCAGUGAUCUCGAAACAGCCACAGGUGAACUGAAGGCCAUACGUGACGACCUGAAUCUACGCAUCCAACGAGACAAUCUAGAGGGUCGAAGCUGCACAAACCGUGCCAGAGAGUGGCUCAGUGCGGUGCAAGCAGCAGAGGUAAGAACAGAAUCAAUUCUAGCAAGGUUUAUGCGUCGGGAACAGAAGAAGAUGAUGCAGAGGAGAUGCCUUAGUUGCUUAGGUUGUGCUGAAUACAAACUGAGCAAGAAGGUUUUGGGGUCACUGAAGAGUAUCAAUGAGCUGAGACAACGCUCUGAAGAUAUACAAACAGAUGGCGGGUUGAUUCAAGAGACUUGUACGAAGAUACCUACCAAGUCCGUGGUUGGGAUUACAACAAUGAUGGAACAGGUGUGGGAACUUCUCAGUGAAGAAGAAGAAAGAGGAAUCAUUGGUGUUUAUGGACCUGGCGGGGUUGGGAAGACAACGUUAAUGCAGAGCAUUAACAACGAGCUGAUCACAAAAGGUCAUCAGUACGAUGUACUGAUAUGGGUUACAAUGUCCCGUGAAUUCGGAGAGUGUACAAUUCAGCGAGCUGUUGGAGCGCGGUUGGGUUUAUCUUGGGAUGAGAAGGAGACAGGGGAAGGUAGAGCUUUCAGGAUAUACAGAGCUUUGAAACAGAGACGGUUCUUGUUGUUGCUUGAUGAUGUCUGGGAAGAGAUAGACUUUGAGAAAACCGGUGUUCCUCGACCUGACAGGGAAAACAAAUGCAAGAUAAUGUUCACAACACGGUCUCUGGCAUUAUGCAGCAACAUUGGUGCGGAAUGCAAGCUGAGAGUGGAGUUUCUGGAGAAGCAACACGCGUGGGAGCUCUUCUGUGGUAAAGUUGGGAGAAGAGACCUCUUGGAGUCACCGUUGAUUCGCCGGCACGCUGAGAACAUAGUCACUAAAUGCGGUGGAUUGCCACUAGCGUUGAUCACUUUAGGAGGAGCCAUGGCUCACAGAGAGACUGAAGAGGAGUGGAUUCACGCCAAUGAAGUUCUGAAUAGGUUUCCAGCAGAGAUGAAGGGUAUGGACUAUGUAUUUGCCCUUUUAAAAUUCAGCUACGACAACCUCGAGAGCGAUCUGCUUCGAACUUGUUUCUUGUACUGCGCUUUAUUCCCAGAAGAUCACUCUAUUGAGAUCGAACAGCUUGUUGAGUACUGGGUCGGAGAAGGGUUUCUGAUCAGCUCCCAUGGCGUUAACACUAUAUACCAGGGAUAUUUUCUGGUUGGAGAUCUUAAAGCGGCGUGUUUGGUGGAAACCGGAGAUGAGAAGACGCAGGUGAAGAUGCAUAACGUCGUUAGAAGCUUUGCACUGUGGAUAGCAUCUGAACAGGGGACUUAUAAGGAGCUGAUCCUAGUAGAGCCAAGCAUGGGACUUACUGAAGCUCCCAAAACAGAAAGAUGGCGACAUACGUUGGUGAUUUCGUUGUUGGAUAACAGACUCCAGAUGUUGCCUGAAAAUCCCAUAUGCCCGAAUCUGACAACAUUGCUGCUCCAGCAGAACAGCUCUUUGAAGAAGAUUCCAGCAAACUUUUUCAUGUAUAUGCCUGUUCUCAGGGUCCUUGACUUGUCCUUCACAAGUAUCACUGAGAUCCCACUGUCUAUUAAGUAUUUGGUGGAGUUGUAUCAUCUAGCUCUGUCGGGAACAAAGAUAAGUGUGCUGCCUCAAGAGCUUAGGAAUCUUAGAAUGCUGAAGCAUCUAGACCUACAAAGAACGCAGUUUCUCCAGACAAUCCCACGAGAUGCCAUAUGUUGGCUAAGCAAGCUCGAGGUUCUGAACCUAUACUACAGUUACGCUGGUUGGGAACUGCAGAGCUAUGGAGAAGAUGAAGAAGAAGAACUUGGAUUUGCCGACCUGGAACACUUAGAAAACCUCACCACACUCGGUAUCACUGUUCUCUCACUGGAGAGCCUGAAAACACUCUACGAGUUUGACGUCUUGCAUAAAUGUAUACAGCAUCUGCACGUUGAAGAAUGCAAUGGUCUCCCCCACUUCGAUCUCUCAUCACUCUCAAACCACGGUGGGAACAUAAGAAGACUUAGCAUUAAAAGUUGCAAUGACUUGGAGUACCUGAUCACACCUACAGAUGUUGAUUGGCUUCCAAGUCUAGAGGUUCUGACGGUACACAGCCUCCACAAGUUAAGCAGAGUGUGGGGAAAUUCUGUAAGCCAAGAGAGUCUGCGGAACAUCCGUUGCAUCAACAUUUCACACUGCCACAAGCUAAAGAACGUCUCAUGGGCUCAGCAACUCCCAAAGCUAGAGACGAUUGACCUGUUCGACUGCAGAGAGCUAGAGGAACUGAUUAGUGACCAUGAGAGUCCAUCCAUUGAAGAUCUAGUAUUGUUCCCAGGCCUGAAGACUUUGUCAAUUAGGGAUCUACCAGAACUAAGCAGCAUCCUUCCAUCUCGAUUUUCUUUCCAGAAACUAGAAACUUUAGUCAUCAUAAAUUGCCCCAAAGUGAAGAAACUGCCAUUUCAGGAAAGGGUCCAGCCAAACUUGCCAGCAGUUUACUGUGAUGAGAAAUGGUGGGACGCACUGGAAAAAGAUCAACCAAUCACAGAGCUUUGUUGUUCACCACGCUUUGUUCCAAAUUGAUAUGAAAGCUAGGAGCAUUCUAUACAUAUAAACAUCUGUCAGUAAUGUACAUGAAAACAAAUGAAUGUUAAACUAUUUUGCAAAAGAAAUAUUAAGAGCUUGAGCAGCCUUUACCAACACUGUCGCCUUUAGCAUGUCGCUUUAGAGUAGAGAAGUAAACAAAA